UAUAUUUUUUCACGUCAAUCCCACAGUAAGUCUGUCAGAAAAAUGAUGAAACGUUAAUUUUGGGUGGCAUGGGUGUAUAACACAAUAUUUAUCUGCACCAAGAGUGAUGAUUUGAGAAAUUCCACGUGCAAAUGACGUUGAAGUCAUCGGAAAUAAUCGUGAAAGAUCGGGGUAAUUCGUGUCGCGUCACAACGGUCUCACAACCACAUGAGGGUUCGCCAAUCCUUCUUUUUUUAACCUAACAAACCGAUGGUGGGGUGUUGAGAGGAAAAAGAGGAAAGGAAAAAAGAAGUGGAAAAUGAUCUGUCUGUGGGUAAUCCCUCGGAUCUCCCAGUGACCAGUUCUCAGUGUCUCGAUUUAAAAUUAUCACUGGAUUAAAUUCUUAUUGAAAAUUCCUCAAUUCAUUCCAAUGGUUAUUAACCAGGCCAUCGCCUCUUUUCAUUAUUCCCGCGUUACAAUUUGACGCAUUUUUUAUUAUUAUUUUUUUUUAUUCUAUCGUGCCUCACGAUGCGUUGACCCGACAGUUUUACUUUUUAUUUAGACAUCCUGUGUCUAUUUUCCACUGUUUCUGAUAGAAGAAAUUAGAAUUGUCAGAGGGAAUUGAAAUGGCGGGGACGUAUAAGAAACAGGAGUUCCUGGGGGCUGAGGAACAUCUCCUCAAGGAUUCAAAUGCACCUCGAAUUGUCGCAAAGGACGAUAAGAAUUGCAAACUAAAAACAUAUAGCACUUUUCUGUCACGAGAUAUUAUCGGCUCUGAACCCGUCAGGCUAUCGCCAGGUUGGGAGGGCACUGGAAGACCCGACGACGAACUCAAUUUCAAAGGGGUCACUAUGGAUCAGGCUGAUCUUGAACUCAAUCCACCCAGAGAUAGACUCAACAUCGUGUAUUUCAUAAUGCUGCUGCACGGUAUAGGUGCUCUGAUGCCUUGGAACAUGUUUAUCACAGCCGAGGGGUAUUUCCAGAAGUACAAGCUCUCGCCAAAUUAUACUGGAGAUCCCAACAUCACUUAUUAUGGGAAUAUGUACGUGGGAAGCGUCUGCUUUGCUGCCCAGAUUCCUAAUUUAAUAUUCAAUUGGGUCAACGUAUUCAUUCCAUUCAGUGGAAGUAUGACGACCAGAAUAGUCUGGGGACUGACGAUUCAGGCUGUAAUCUUCGUUUUCACAGUUGUGAUGGCUAUGGCUGACACCUCAGGUUUUCCUAUUCCAUUUUUCUGGAUGACAAUGGCUUCUGUAGUGAUUCUAAACACUGCUAAUGGAAUUUAUCAGAACUCUGUCUUCGGAUUGGGAGCGAAAUUGCCAGGGAAAUACACUGGGGCAAUAGUUCUGGGAACGAAUAUCAGUGGGACGCUUACAGCUGUCAUUAAUAUCCUGACGCGGGUGAUGACACCGAACCUACGUACCGCAGCAAUAUACUAUUUCAUAACUGCAUUGUUCAUUAUUCUCGCCUGUUUUGACACGUACUUCGCUCUUCCCAUAAAUAGGUUUUAUCGUUACCACGAGCUCCUGGCGAACAAAGAGAAGACGAAAAACGUCGGCCGGAAGGACAGGCCACCGUACUUGAAGAUUAUCCGAGAAUGCUCAGUCCAGCUGUUCAAUAUAUUCUUCGUAUUCUUUGUUACACUCGCACUAUUUCCAGCUGUUCAAUCGGGCAUAAGAAAGAGUGAUCCUGAAUUCAUUGUUCAUAAGGAUUUGUAUUCUUCUAUUAUGUGUUUCCUGACUUUCAACGUUACUGCGAUGUUGGGCAGUUUGCUGGCUCCAAUUUUGAAAUUUGGGGGAAGAGAAGGGAAGGGAGGAGCAAGAAGGAACCACAGGGAGAGAGAAAGUAAGAGAGAUAAAAGAGAGUGAGCUGGGGAAAGAAAUAACAGACCGGGAAAUAG